GUUCAGGGGAACAACCGAUAUAAAGAGUGAAUUUCACUAUAUUAUACGAUUCACAAUUCGGUUGGGGUUUUGUUAUCUAACUCCAUUUUUUUUCACUGGAUGUAUAACUGAGGGAACUCUACAAUCUAUUCUUGAUGUACAAAAUGGUGAAGAACAUUAUCAAUGAUACUAAAUCAAGUACAUUUUAAUGAACCACAAACAUGGCUGUUGAUAAUUCUAGUAUUUCCGUGCCCAUAGGAUUUGAAUGCAAACCUCCCACAAGUUUGCAUCAAAAUGUCCCCAACCCAGGCUACCAAGAUGAUUUUCGUGUGGACUAUGCACAUAAACAGUUCUCUAUGGAAACCCCGGAUGGCAGCUAUAAGAUUCUGGGUUCUGACAGAAAGGACGGUUUGUGGACUGAAACCGAAGACACUGAAUUUGAAAACGCUACUCCAAGACAUCACGAAGAACAAGUGAACAAAAUAGAAAAUAUUUCUGACAGGAAUUCUCCUGUUGAUGAGGUACAUCACGAUGAACUCCAUCUUGACAAAUCUGUAUCCGAACCCGACAGAUCAAGAGGAGGAGAAGGUAACUCUACAGAAGGAGAUUCUCAGUCAGAAGAUCUGGGGAUAUUCGAACAUCCCGAUGCCAUGGAGACCGACAGCUCUGACAGCAGUGGUGGGGAAGGAAGACUUGAACCUGACACAGAUUCUGAAGAAAUGUUCAUGACUGUUGGCCUGGGCUAUAGCAUGCUGGAUGAAGCUUCAGACUUGAGGAAUCAAGAAGUGGGGAACCUGUCCAACAUUGAUGAGGAAGAGGAACUGGAGUCGUUCCAGGGAGAGGCAGACACUCCUGGUUUGGUUCCAGAACCAGACCUAAGGGUGCUCAGUGCUGUGUCGGACAUGACGGCUGGGAGGAGGGCCAUCCCAAACACACCGGCAAGUUUUCUGGGAGACACUUUAAGUGAUCCAAGAAAUAUUUCUUCAAGAAUAGUGGCCAUGACUACUCCAUCUUCAAUGAGAACUGAAGAUACGACCCGAGCAUGUGAAUCAAGGGAAGCCAUUUUCCGCCGUGCUCUGUCGCUGAUGUCAACACGGUGCACCAACGAAGUGGGUCACAACAUGGGUGUGCCUCUCAUCGACGUCAACGAACCCCCGUUUGGGGUCCACGUCCCAAUAUACUUCCACAUCCACCAGAAUAAACCAUCACCGAUGGCUCCUCUCAAGGCCUGGAGAGGUUACCAUGGCAAUGUAUAUUUUGAGCCAAUCGCCAUCAAGGGCAUUCAGGAGGAUAAAGACACCAAAUUUCCACCCCAGGAUUGGAAGGACUCCAACACGAACACCCAGUACCAGCAGAUGAUGUCAACGCGGAAAACACGGUCUUCCGGCCGACCGGCUACCACCCCUACCACACGCCCCAACACAGUACUCAGCAGCCGCAACUCGGCCAGGAGUCGCCCCCCGACUAGGAGCCGACCCCCCACCAGACAGUCGGUGAUGUUGGAUAAGCACAUGCUGAGUCAUUCCACAGAGCCAGGUAACAAUGACAACGGCGACGACGCGAGUCCGAUGCCGGGACUGCAGGACACGGGCAGUCUGAACGUCCGAGUGGAUCAGUGCGAGCCUGUGAGCAAUCGGCCAAAGUACAACAAGGAGAAGAUCUGCAGAGGGUCGGUCGUCCACAGGCUGAAGACGGAGCGCGAACGUGAGAAGAGAAACAAGCCGCUGUUCAAGGUGAGCGGCGACAAGUUCAGUCCGGCCCCGUCGAUGUCGCCGCUGUUACGCACCACGACCCAGUACUCGUACAGCAACCAGCGGCUGACGAUGAACAGUCCAGACCCUUACCACACGGGGUUCGAACACCUGCCCCCGCUUGAGCAGGUGCGGGCGAGUCUGCGACACAUGGACAGUCUGAGCGACAGUUCGUACAAGUGUGCUCCUCCCUAUGGGAGGAAAGUGACACUGACGGAGGAGUUGAAACCAUUUAUAAAGUACAGUCCCGACGUCAAGGCUAGAUUCCAAAAUCAAGUGCACUACCUCAGUUGAACCAUGUCAUCAUUAAAUCAUUCACCAGGGGUGGGAAUUGGUGAACUGUAAAAAAAAAGAAAAAAAGAGGAAAUCGAGAGGGGUCCGGGGUGGUGAACUGUAAAAAAAAUGAGGAAAUCUAGAAGGGUCUGGGGGCAAGGACGAUUAAAAUGCGAGGAAAUGCAAUGUUCCAUGAGAGGAAAACCGCGGAUCCGAGGAGAAUUCCCACCCCUGAUUCAGUUUAUUUAACAAAUGUAUCAUUUACGGCACUUAAUGGAACAAAACGGAUAUAAAUUUUGUUUUUACAACAGACUGUCACAAUAUUCAGUUUGACUGUAUCAUUUACAACACAUCGUGGUACAAAACUAAAAUUAUUUAGUUUUUACAGACUUUCUCAAAAAUAUGUGAUGUACUCAUUUUUUUCUGCAUUGGAUCAAAUUUCAUCACAUAUCUAAUGGAAAUCUGUCUAAUCCUGUAAAUACAUAGCAGUCUAGAGAUGCUGAAUUAAAUGUAUAUUUUAUAUUGCAAUAAAUAAAAAAUGUU